UGCCAGCCCAGACCCUUCCCUGGGACCCCAUCGACUGCCUCACAAUUCAGCGGCUGAAAGACUAACACCUGCUGCCUCAGAGAGGGUCUCCAAUGUCCAUUCUGAUUGGCUGGUUCCUGAACAUACCAGUUGUUAAAUAUUUUGUAUAUUGUAUUUGCAAGUGGCAAAUUAUUCUAGACAUUAGUAUGUUAUAAGAGAAUGAAAAGAAGGUAAGGAGAGAACUAACAAUCAGAGUGGUGUAAGAUUUAUUAAGAAAGGAAGAGAAAAGCCACCCAUCUAUCCAGCACCUUCGGGUCUUUGCAGAAGCAGGAACAUGGCUGUUGAUACCACCAGAUGUUGGGAAGGUUUGGGGAAGAAAAAAAUAGCACUUUAGCAGCCACAGUAGAAGUAGCCUUCACAUAGAGGCAGUCUUCAUUUUUCAAAAAGGCAGAAACAAUACUUCCCCUCCAAGACUGUUUCUGGAAUUUUGCCUAUCCUCCAUCAAGAGGAAGACUCUGGUUCUGGUCCACUUGAAUCUGGGUGGACAUGUGACUUGCUUGUAACCAAGAGAAUACGGUGGAAUGGAGCUGCAUGACCUCCUGGACUGGAUCUUGAGAGGAGAUAUAGCCUGGUUGGCCAGAACACUCAUGCUUAGAGCUCUGAAGUGUCAUGGAAGCUGCCUGACCAAGGCUGACAUGAUGGGAGGAAGCCCAAACUGCCCUAGGCCCUGAGACUACAUGAAGCCAUGUCCAGCCAGUUCCCAGAUGCUCCAGCCCCAUCACUGUCUAAUAACAACUGUAUAAGAAGCUCCAAGUCAGAACUAUUCAGCUGAGCCUUUCCCAGAUUCCCAAAUGAUAGAAACCACAAGAGGACUCUGCUUUCUGCUAAGCUUGUCAGGAGUCAUGGCUCAGAAAACCAAAGGGACCUGUCGUCAGUGCCCCCAAGAUGCUUCCUGUGUCAAUGCCACUCACUGUAGCUGCCACCAUGGAUACAUUUCUGAAUCCAGGCAGCAAUACUUCACAUACCCCUUGGAGAUAUGUGAAGAUAUUGAUGAAUGUAAACCACGCAUUAGUAUAUAUUGUGGUGUGAAUGCUAAAUGUCAGAAUACGAAAGGAAGUUUCUACUGUCGCUGUAACGCUGGAUAUAAACUCCUCUCUGGGAAAGCGCAAUUCAAUAAUUCCAGCGAGAACACUUGUCAGAAAAUCACCCCCUCAGAGACAACCAAUAGCACAAAAGAGCUGCAACAGGUUGUUGAGAAUAUCGAGUCACUUCUCACCAAUAAGACUGUAUGGGGAAUGGAAGAGGGGAGAAACAUCACAGCCACGUUCACAUCUAUUCUCCAGAAAAUUGAAUCGGUUGUUCUAGAAACUGCCUUGAAAACCCCAGACCAAAAACUCCAGAAAGUCCAAAACCGUACUGUGGCUGUUGAAACUCGAGUUGUUACAGACAAUUGCUCCAAGGCAGUCAUCUUCAACUUGAACGCCCAAAUGAACUCCAUGGAUAUCCAUUGCAGUGACGUCAUCCAGGGAAACACACAAGGUCCCAGUGUAGUUGCCUUUGUUUCAUACUCUUCUCUUGGAAACAUCAUAAAUGCAACAUUUUUUGAAGAGGCGAAUGAGACAGAUCAAGUUUACCUGAACUCCCAGGUAGUGAGUGCUGCUAUUGGACCCAAAAGGAACACACCUCUCUCCCAGGCUGUGAGUCUAAGUUUUCAGCACGUGAAGGUAAAGCCCAGUAUCAAAAAGGUCUUCUGCGUCUACUGGAAAGGUACAAAGGAGGGCGGCCACUGGUCCAUGGAGGGCUGUUUCCUGAUACAAGCAAACAAGACUCACAGUAUAUGCAGUUGUACUCACCUGUCCAGUUUCGCCGUCCUCAUGGCCUUCCACAGAGAGGAGGAGGAUCCCGCACUAACUGUGAUCACCUACGUGGGGCUGAGCUUCUCUCUGCUGUGCCUCCUCCUGGCAGCCCUCACCUUCCUGCUGUGCAAAGCCAUCCAGAACACCAGCACCUCGCUCCAUCUGCAGCUCUCACUCUGCCUCUUCCUGGCCCACCUGCUCUUCCUAACAGCCGUUGAUAGAACUGAGAUCAAGGUGCUGUGUGCCAUCAUUGCAGGUGUCUUACACUAUUUCUACCUGGCCUCCUUCGUCUGGAUGCUGCUGGAGGGGCUGCACCUCUUCCUCACUGCACGCAACCUGAUGGUGGUCAACCACUCCAGUAUCAACAGGUUCAUGAAGAAGCUCAUGUUCCCAGUGGGCUAUGGAGUCCCGGCUGUGAUCGUGGCCAUUUCUGCAGCAUCCAGGCCUCAUCUUUAUGGAACACCUGAUUACUGCUGGCUCCACCUGGACCAGAAAUUCAUCUGGGCUUUCCUCGGCCCCAUCUGUGCCAUUAUCUGUGUGAAUUUUGUAUUUUUUCUCUUGGUUCUUUGGAUUUUGAAAAGAAAACUUUCCUCCCUCAACAGUGAAGUGUCAACCAUCAAGAAUAUAAAGAUGCUGACACUCAAAGCAACAGCUCAGCUCUUCAUCCUGGGAUGCUCAUGGUUUCUGGGCUUCUUGCAGAUAGGCCCAGCUGCCCAUGUCAUGGCCUACCUCUUCACCAUCAUCAACAGCCUUCAGGGUUUCUUCAUUUUCCUGGUCUACUGCCUCCUCAGCCAGCAGGUCCGAAAGUGGUUUGGCGAGAUCAUCAAAUCUAAAUCUGAGCCUGAGACUCAUACACUUUCCAGCAGGUUUGGUCCUGACUCAAAACCCAGUGAGGACAAGUGAAGAGAAAAUACUAAAACUAGAACAUUCAGCUCCUCAUGGAAAGUCAUACAUGUGGAUCUGGUUGGCAUCAUAAAGAAUGAAGGUGGAGACAAGGAGAAUCAUUAUACAUGUCAUUCCUGGAGAGGAAAUGCUUAACCUUUACUUCCUGAAGUGUUUGUUCUGCAUAAUGGGCUCUCAAUAA